AUGUCGCAUGCCGGGAAGGUUAUUCAGACUGGUUCGAAUGCCUUGCGCCAGGUUGCACCUGUUCAAUCUGUCAACAAAGAACAGGCGCGACGUUCUGUGCUACAAGUGUACAAAGAUUUGCAGCGCAUAACCCCAAAAUUUUGGUGGGAUUUCGGUAUGCAGGAUAUGCCACUAGGUGUGUUCCGCUCAGUGUUGAAGAAGCAGUUCGUAAAAAACGCACAUGUAACCGAUGUUCGGAUAAUCGAUAGACUAGUGGCUGAAACAAAGCAGCAUAUGUACUCAAUCGACUUUGCCUUCUAUAACCCCGAUCACGUGCGGAAUUACCUUUUCCGUGAAAACGUCGAGGCGAAGCCGAAGGACUUCUUGUCGAAAUUCCUUAGUGGUCAAGAUUAA